UACAGCCAGUAUAUAAUCCUAUUGGCUCUUCAGGGCUCUUGGCCUCUGGCUGUGAAACAAACUGUGGACUAACAGAUGGAACUCCCAUCACCAAGAAGAAAUCUUAUCUUGUUUGAUUCCACUCCACCCGCCCUAAAUUCAGCAGCAGUCAGAAACAAACAGACAAAGAAAAAGAUAAGAAGGUAGCAGAACCCUGGGAACCAGAUAGCUACCGCCAGAGUUAGAGAGAGAAAGGGGAAGAGGUGGGUAUGGCGGCUUUGAAUGUGGCGUCAUCAUCACCGUCGCCACUCUGCAGCUUCUCUUCCAUGCACAGUCUUAACAACCAUGAACAUUGUAACAUUAACAAUGUUUGUGGUGCACAUUCGGGAGGUGAAUGGGUCUCCAUUAAGAUUACCAAUAGUAAUUGCAAAUUGCUUCCUUUCCCUUGCUCUUCCCAUUCCUCUGUUCCAUCGAUGAAACUCAAGUCGGCCCUCUCGAAUGGCGACCCAUCUCCCAAAACCAGGUGAAUUUCUUGCCCAUUAGCUUCUUAUUCUCUGAUAUUUUGCCCCAAGAAAGAAUUUUCGCGGGCUUUUUUACAUUACCCCGCCAUAAUUAUUCUGUCUAGGACUGAAUUAGGGUGUUGUUGUACUUGGGCCCUGUUUCAAUCGGCGGUCUUUAGAAGCGAUUAGGCCAGUUUCUAAAUCCCAUUUGAUUGUAGAAAAUGAACCUCGAGUCUGAAAGGUGAUUGAUUUAGCCAGAAACGGAUUCAGGUUCAGAACACAAUGUUAAUGGCUGAAUUGGGGUAGACCUAGUUGAAGUUGAUGAAAUGCUGAAUAUGGUUCCAAAGGGUAGAGAAUCCAUGUGCUUGGCUGACACUUUUGGAUGGUUUUACAUCACCAGGCGUUCUUUCUGAUGCGAUAUGCAGGUGGCCAAGGAUGUUCAUGGAUUCAGGACAACUCCAUUCACAUGCAUCAGAAUCCUAAUUCCAGCAGGAACUGCAGAAGGGGUUCAGUGGAUUCAGCUUUCCCAUCUGGAACUGCAGAAGUUGCUUCCGUGGAGAACCUUUUUGAGUACAUAUGCUCAGGUCCUCUUCUAGGCAAGAUAGGUUUAACCGCGGAAACAAUUGCCGAGUCAAUCGACAAGUGGAUACUGUAUGGAUCGCUCUUGUGCCGAUUGUUCCAGCUGAGUGACAUGUACCUCACCGAUCCUCAGAGAAAAAGGUUUUACCAUUACUACAUCCCGGUUUUCAUAUGGUGCGAGAAUCAGAUUUCCAAGCAUGCUUCCCAGUUCAAAGAUGGAGAGGACAUACCUCCACUAGUGAUUGGUUUUAGUGCACCUCAAGGUUGUGGAAAGACUACUCUUGUUUCUGCUCUUGCCCAUCUCUUUGAUGUCACUGGAAGGAAGUCAGCAACAAUAUCAAUAGACGAUUUCUAUUUGACAGCAGAGGAUCAGGGUAAGCUGAGAGAAGCAAAUCCGGGAAAUUCACUUCUAGAGCUACGUGGAAACGCUGGGAGCCAUGAUCUUCCAUUCUCAGUUGAAACACUGACUUCACUUUGCAAAAUGACUAAAGAAGGUAUGAAGAUGAAGCUACCCCGCUAUGAUAAAUCUGCAUACAAUGGAAAAGGCGAUAGAGGCAAUCCUUCUGCUUGGCCAGUGGUCGAAGGGCCAUUAACAGUGAUUCUAUUUGAAGGUUGGAUGCUUGGGUUCAAACCCCUUCCGGUAGAAGCUGUUCGAGCUGUUGAUCCACAGUUGGAGAUAGUGAACAAGAAUCUCGAAGCAUACUACGAUGCAUGGGACAAGUUUGUGGAUGCUUGGGCAGUCAUAAAGAUCCAGGACCCAAGUUGUGUUUAUCAAUGGCGACUGCAGGCAGAGAUUGCUAUGAGGGAAGCAGGAAAACCUGGGAUGACUGAUGAAGAGGUCGAGGAUUUCGUCUCCAGGUACCUGCCGGCAUACAAGGCUUACUUACCAGUACUUUACGCUGAAGGACCAAUGGGGUCGACUCCUGAGAAUCUGCUGGUUAUUGAAAUUGAUGAAGGCAGGAAUCCCAUUCUGGAGAACUAGCUUGUUAAUAGUGUACGAAUGAUGAAAUUAUCCUUUGUUUGAAGCUGAAGAAAAAUUCCGUUGAUCGUAAGAAAGUGGGAAAUGGACUAUUCUUAGGUUCAGUAUGGUUUUGGGCCGCCUCCCCUUGGGCUUCAGAACCGUCCAUGUGGGCUGUCCCAAACUUCUCGGCUUGCUCAAAUUCGAUAUUAGUGCAUUCACUUCACUAGCUUUCUUAUCUCCAAAAUGUAUAAAUAAGAGAUAAAAAAAAUUGUAACCUAUUUAAUCUAUUAUUUUUUAAAUAUAGUUUUGAUAUAAAAUGUAUCGUAUAUGCCAAUAACCAUUUGUAAAAUGAUAAUAAUUUGAACCCUGUAUGUCGCGCCCCGUUCUUGGCUCAUUAUAUCACUUUCUUAUAGUAUGUAUUCAUAUUUCU